UCUCUCCCCAGCCGCAUGCAGGUGCGUCUGGGUGAGCACGAUAUUACCGCCAACGAGGGCACUGAGCAGUUUAUCGACUCAGUAAAGGUCAUCAUGCACCCCAGUUACAACAGCCGCAACCUGGACAACGACAUCAUGCUGAUCAAGCUGAGCAGGCCCGCCUCCCCGAACAGCUAUGUGAGCACUGUGGCUCUGCCCUCCAGCUGUGCCAGCUCUGGCACCCGCUGUCUGGUCUCUGGCUGGGGCAACGUAUCCGGCAGCAGCAGCAACUACCCCGACACUCUGAGGUGCCUGGAUCUCCCCAUCCUGAGCAGCAGCAGCUGCAACAGCACCUAUCCUGGACAGAUCACCUCCAACAUGUUCUGUGCUGGCUUCAUGGAGGGAGGCAAGGACUCUUGCCAGGGAGAUUCCGGUGGCCCUGUGGUGUGCAAUGGUCAGCUGCAGGGUGUUGUGUCCUGGGGUUACGGCUGUGCCCAGAGGAACAAGCCUGGUGUCUACACCAAGUUCUGCAACUACAAAUCCUGGAUCAGCAGCACCAUGUCCUCCAACUAAUUGAUCUAGACAUAUUCUCUAAGACAGAAAUACAUGAUAACAAC